AUGGACGUUGAGACUGGAAGAGGAGACGGACAAGACGCAUCACCGUCGCGGUGGGGCAGCAUCGUCGCUAGCGCCAAAAGGCACGCUGCCUUCAUCGGCCCGGGCAUCGUUGCGUCCGUAGGGUAUACCGAUCCAGGAAACUGGGUCACGGAUCUAUCGGCAGGCUCGCAGUUUGGCUAUGCUCUGCUCUUCGUCGUUCUUCUCUCGGGCCUCGUUGGCAUUCUCUUGCAGAUUCUCGCCGUCCGCAUGGGCGCCGUGACGGGGCAUGAUCUAGCGAGAAAUAGUCGCUUGCUACUGCUCCCCGAGAACAAGACGAGGGCCGAGCUGAAGUGGUACAAGACGAGAGUUGUGGCACUGUGGCUUCUUUACCUCGUCUCCGAAGGCGCUAUCAUUGCAACCGAGCUCGCCGAGCUCAUUGGUUCGGCUGUGGCCCUCAAUCUUCUCUUUCCACGGCUUCCCCUAUGGGGCGGCGUCAUUAUCACAAGCGCAGAUGUGCUGCUCAUCCUCUUCGUCUACCGUCCAAGCGGUAACUUUCGCAUCCUCGAAAUCCUCAUUGCGGCCCUGGUCAUGGUUGUCUUGGCCUGCUACAUUGCCCUCCUGGUUCGCACUAAGCCGCAUUGGCCAACCGUCUUUCAUGGUUACAUUCCCUCCUCAACGCUCGUUGAGCCGGGAGCUCUCUAUGCAGGCAUCGGGAUCGUUGGUGCCGUCAUCAUGCCUCACUCUCUCUUCCUCGGGAGCCACUUUUCGACAAUCGAUCGCCUUCGCCCUGUCAAAGUGCAGUCCGAAGAGGCGUCUGUCCAAGAGGACGCACGGGAAGGCCCUGCCGAGGCCGGGACGCCGUCCGGGAACCUCGGUCACUGGAUUAGACGGCAUCUCAUCCAGCGCUUUCCCUCGAUCGAUGCUUCUUCCCUUCAACAAUUUAGCAUCAGGCGUGCAUUCACCACGGCGCCCUCUUCGACGGAUGAGAUGGUCCCGCCUGGCGCAUGCCAUUCGAUCGAAUCUAUCAAGCUCCAUCUGCCACAUGCUUCUUGGGACAUUGCCCUUUCGCUCGUCUUCUUUGCCAUCACCGUCAACUCGGCCAUUCUCAUUGUGGCCGGCGCUGCCUUCUACUACAAUCGCGGCUCACGUGAAGUAGGCGAUCUUUAUGAUGCUUAUCACCUCCUUAGCGACACUCUUGGUAACGCGUACGCGGUCUUGUUCGCUAUUGCACUUCUGGCGGCGGGACAGUCAGCUUCCAUCACUGUUACGUUGGCCGGUCAAAUCGUCUCCGAAGGGUUCAUCAAUUGGCGCACCAACCCUUUCGUCCGACGUCUCAUCACUCGGGUUAUUACAAUCAUCCCUUCGCUCGCCAUCGCAUCAGCUGUGGGCCGAGGUGGUCUCAAUGAGGCGCUCGAAGCGUCUCAAGUGGCACUCUCCUUUGCCUUGCCUUUCGUCCUCGUGCCCCUUAUCCUCGUCACCGCACUGCCAUCCUUCAUGACCGUGACCGAAGACACCGAGCAAGGCGGCGCGAGCCACAGCUUCACAAGCCACUGGAUCGUGACGGCCGUCUCCAUUGUGGCGUACGUUGCCAUCCUGCUCGCAGACAUGUACACGCUUGUCACAACCAUCAUGGGCAAGCAGUAG